GUGAAUUUCCUGUCAAUGAAUUCCCACAUGCUCAUUUAAUAAACAGACAUCGUACUUGCAAUGGGUAUUAUUAUCACAUCCAAACAUCAUCAAGUGAUCCUCCGAAAAACUUAUGUCGACACUGCUGCUGUGAGACAUAAACUUGUUUCGCCAUUUAAGCAUCCUCCACCCUCUCUAAAAUCUCUAUGGGAGAUAUGGCAUCAAGUUCUUUCCCGCAGCCCAGCACAAAUUGGUCAGCCGAACAAAACAAGUUGUUCGAAAAUGCUCUUGCGAUAUAUGAUAAGGACACUCCGGAUCGAUGGGGCAAAAUAGCCAAGAUUGUCAAAGGAACAACCGAGGAGGAAGUAAAGAAGCGAUACGAGAUCCUUCUUGAUGAUAUAAAGAGCAUUGAGUCGGACAAAGUUCCGCUACCGAUUUACAAGAAUGAAGGAAGCAGAAAGGAAAACAUCAUCGGUAAUGAAGAGGAGAGGCUGCAGUAACUAGAGCUCUAGUGGAGAAGGAUUUCAACAAUAGAGACGGCUAUUUUCCUUGAAGUUUUGAGUCAAUAUUUUUUUACUCUCUUAAUUGUGAUGACUUCUAUCUUAUAUAUGUACCAAAGAAGCAGCGUUAAGCAUUUUAUCCGUUGUGUUAACUCUCCUUUCUGCUUUA